ACCGAGAGCAAAUUGGCGUCAGGUGCCACCAGUCAGUACGUACUAGGUAGCAGAGAAGAUUCCAUCCAUCCCUUCUUUCACGUUGCAAUAGUUUCACAGUGAAACUAUGGGACUGGCUUGAGGUGUCAGGGCAUUUUGUGCUGGGUCGUUCAUGCACUGGGCCGGUGUCUGGUCACGCAGCCAGGCAUUGCCACCCGAUCCAACCCAGUUACCCAGCCCGAGUUGCCCGCUUCGAUCCACGCGUAGAGAAACUGCAGCGGCAAUCGAAAACGCGCCGUGACUCUACAAAUCCCCGGCUAAUUAUACCACGACGCUAUAUAAACACACGCAGAUCGCCAUUCAUUCCUCGUGCCAGGGUGAACGCAGCACAAGCGCGGUUGAUCCAGUCGCGCACGCGUACCAUACUCUCGCCGCCUCACCGGAGAUGAUGGGAUCGGGCGCGUGCGACGACGAGGUGGUGGACCGGAAGCCGGUGAUCAAGCCGGGCGUGCACCUGACGCUGAAGGUGCAGGACACCGAGGGCCGCACGCUCGUCCGCACCGUGCGGAGGACCGAGAGGCUGCAGGGGCUCAUGGACUUCUACUACGCCAGCGUGCCGGCCGUCACCUACGGCACCGGCCGGUUCCUGUACGACGGCGGGCGGCUGGGCGGGUGGCAGACCCCCGCGGAGCUCGAGAUGGAGGACGGCGACGAGAUCGACUUCUUCACCGAGCUGAUGGGCGGCGGACGGCCUGCGUAGCUCGCUGCAGGUUGGCGUUGUGCAGGCGUGGAGCACUGCUCUGGUGCUGUCAGUUAUUAUAUAUGCAUCGUGACGAGGUAGCAGCUGAUGAAGUAUUUUGAAAUUUCAAGUCAUCAACUCAUUAUAACGUAUUAAGUCGCAUGUCCUGUGAGAACCAACCUUUUUUUUUAUUCUGUGAUGUGAAUCUCUUCUUCUGCUUGAAGAGACGUUUUGUCUACGUAGUAUAUCACUCUGCUAGAGUGAGAAGACUGUUCGUUUUGCCAUGAACGUUUCAGAUGACACUGA